AUGUUGUAUGAUCAUAUGGGCGCUGAUACGUCUGUUGUCACUCAAAAAAUUUUUCAGUUGAUUGGAUUGACAAAUGCUAUUUUUACUUCAUUUAAUAUUACAAUAAUUCUAUCUUCAUUGGAGCUUUGGAUAGAUGAAAAUAAAAUUCUAACCACUGGAGAUGCUAAUGAGUUAUUACACAGGUUUUUAGUAUGGAAAAGGUCUUAUCUUGUGUUACGUCCGCAUGAUAUGGCAUUUUUACUUGUCUACAGAGAAAAACCAAAUUAUGUUGGUGCAACGUUUCAAGGGAAGAUGUGUGAUAAAAACUAUGCAGGAGGUGUUGCUCUGCACCCCAGAACCAUAAGUCUGGAAUCACUUGCAGUUAUUUUAGCUCAAUUACUGAGCCUUAGUAUGGGGAUAGCUUAUGAUGACAUUAACAAAUGCCAGUGCUCUGGAGCUGUCUGCAUAAUGAACCCAGAAGCAAUUCAUUCCAGUGGUGUGAAGACCUUUAGUAACUGCAGCAUGGAAGAUUUUGCAUAUUUUAUUUCAAAUCCAAAGUCUCAAUGUCUUCAAAAUCAGCCACACUUAGAUCCAUAUUACAAACAGGAAACUUGUGGUAAUGGAGUAUUGGAACAAGGAGAAAGCUGUGACUGUGGGAGUGAACAGGAGUGUAAUGACAAGGGCAAUACAUGCUGUAACAGUGCAACGUGUACAUUCACAGAUGGCUCAAAUUGUGAUGAAGGACCAUGCUGCUCAAAUUGUGUUUUUUCUUCAAAAGGAACUGAAUGCAGGCCUGCCAUCAAUGACUGUGAUCUCCCUGAAUAUUGCAAUGGAUCAUCUGCACAAUGUCAAAGUGACUUCUUUGUUCAGAAUGGGCAUGCGUGUGGAAAUGAUCAGUGGCUCUGUGUUGACAAAGAAUGUAGGAGCGGGAAGCAACAAUGUGUGGAUACAUUUGGUUCAG